GAAGUUAUUCUCAAAAAGGAAAUUAUUAAAACAAGCUGGUGAAUGGGCAAUUGUUACUGGUGCAACUGAUGGAAUUGGUAAAGUCUAUGCCGAAGAAUUAGCUAGUGAUGGUUUGAACAUUAUGUUAAUUAGUAGAAAUGAAGAGAAACUUUUAAAAGUUGCUAAUGAAAUUGAACGUAAUUAUCAUGUGGAGACAAGAAUAGUGACAGCGGAUUUUACAAAUAUUGAUGUCUAUUCAAGAAUACAAGAAGCUAUAGAUCAAUUAUCAUCUAUUGCUUGUUUAGUCAAUAAUGUUGGUAUGGGGGUACCUAAAUUAGAUUAUUAUGCUACCACAGAUUAUAUCACUAUCGAUUUUAUCAAAAAUAUCGUUUUCUGUAAUAAUCUACCCAUUGCUAUAAUGACACAUUUAGUAUUACCUAAAAUGUUGAAACAACAUACUAAUGGAAUGGCUAUUAUUAAUAUUGGAUCACAUUCAGGUUAUAGAGCAUUCCCAUUUUUAUCAUUAUAUUCAGCAACUAAAUCAUUUGUAAAUCAAUUAUCUAGAUCUAUAUCAUAUGAAUAUUCAGGGAAUCAUAUUCAUAUACAAACAGUAUGUCCAAUGUUUGUAUCUACAGCAAUGAAUGGUUAUUGUAAAAUGUCAUUAUUUGUACCAAAUGCUAAAGAAUAUGGUAAAAAUGCAUUAGAUAUGUUAGGUGUUGAAAAAGAAACAUUUGGUUAUUUUGGUCAUGCAUUAAAAGAAUAUCUUACUAGUUUUUUACCAAAUUUAAUAUGGAAACAAUAUAUGUUAUUUAUGAAAUCAUGGUUUGAUAAACAUAAAAGACAAUAAUAAAAAAAAAAUAUAUUUAGUAACCAUGGUGAUUAAUUUUUUUUGUUCUUAAUCUUUAUUGGUUUUUAAAGAAAAAAAUUUUUUUUUCAUUCAAUCAAUAAAAUUUUCUUCAUUGACCUUUUUUUUUUCUAAAAUUUUAAUUGAUCAAUAUUGAUUUUUUUUUUCUAUAGAAUAAUUUUGUAAACUCAUCUAAUUGAUCAAUAUUGAUAUGUUUAUGAUUUAUUAAAAGGUCAAAGAAGAGUUUGUGGGGUAUGAUAGUCAUGGAGUGGUUGAAUUUAUGAUUCUUCAUGAAA